AUGGUUCCUAAAUGGUUACGUCUGGCUCUCCAGCCAAAUGUCGUCCCAGACAUUCCCACCGAGCGAGUUGUCUCGGCUGAGCGAGAUGCCAGCACGUGGAGCAAGCUAUGGUUCACCUGGCUGAGUCCGCUCAUGAGCGCACCUAACGUGCUCCGCAUCCUACAGGCCGGAUAUAUCCGCCGUCUUGAGCGAACCGACAUUUGGACCGUUUCUGAAGCACGACUCGUCAAGCCCCUCGCAGCGCGUCUGCGACAAUCAUUGGCCGAGAAUCAAUUAGCCGGGCGCCGCCAGCCUUUGCUCUGGACUGUAUACAGCCUGUUCAAGACUGACUUCUGGCUCACGGCUCUGUGCCAGUUCCUGGUUGCCACUUUCCAGGUCUUGACACCUUUUGCCCUGCGUUUUCUUAUUGUCUGGGUCCAGCAAGCCUACCUGUCCCGGCAUGAUGGAGGCAACUCGCUAGGUCUCGGCGCUGGGAUUGGGUACGUGCUCGGAAUAUCGGGAAUGCAGGUGGUGCAGAACCUCGCCGCCAGCCAGUUCCAGUACAGAGGCAUGCUGCUCGGUGGGCAAAUUCGAAGUACCAUCAUUGCAGCAGCCUUUGUCAAGUCUCUGCAGCUGUCCAACCGAGCCAGGGCAGGUGGAAGCGACUGCGUUCGCGUCAGAGCAGAUGUCCGCCAUGCUCCCAAUAAGGACCACGCGGGUAAGAAGAAAGCACCCGCACAAUCACCAUCAUCCGAAGGCUGGGCUAAUGGCCGCGUCAUGAACCUCAUCUCGACCGACACUUCGCGUAUCGAGCAAGCUGCGGCCGUGAUUCAUCUGACGUGGAUCUCCGUUUACCAGGUCACUCUCACCAUCGCGCUCUUGAUCUUCAACCUGGGCUGGGCAGCGGCCAUUGGAGCCGUUGUUCUGAUGCUGGGCCUUGUCGCCGUGACGUCCGGCAUGAGACCGCUGAUCGCCAGCCGCGCGCGCAUUACCAAACACACCGACAAGCGCGUCACGCUGACACAGGAAGUCUUCCAGGCGAUCCGGUUCGUCAAGUACUUCAGUUGGGAAACCUUCUUUCUAGGCCACCUCAAGGCUAUCCGAGCUCAGGAGAGUCAUGCUGUUCGGAUCAUGCACCUGAUUAGGUGCGCGAUCGGUGGGCUGGCUCAGUUCCUACCAGUCCUGGCUACCAUGACGACAUUUAUCGUCUUCGCAGGUACAUAUGGCACCUUGGAGCCUGCGACAGUCUUCUCGUCCCUGGCUAUGCUUAAUCUGCUCCGAAUACCGGCGAACUGGAUUCCUGUAUCAGCAAACCUUGUUGUUGAUGCGUUCCAGUCUCUCAAACGUAUUGAGGAGUUCUUGUCGGCGGAAGAGGUGAACAUAAACAUCGCUACAGACCAGCGUCUGCCCUUUGCCGUACGUAUUGAUGGAGCGUCGUUCACCUGGGAAUUCAGACCGUCUGUUGCGGACGUGCACAACGCGCCAGAGAAUGACGUUUCGACAAAAUCAACUGGAGCAGGACUGCCCGUUGGCGCUGACAGCGUUGAUAGCCCGUUCGCCCUGCGCAAUGUGACGAUUGAGCACCAGAGAGGCGACCUUGUCGCCAUAAUUGGGUCAGUGGGAUCAGGGAAGAGUUCACUGUUGAGCGCCCUGGCUGGAGACAUGAGGCAGACGGGAGGCCAAAUGCACAUGUCGGCCGGCAAAGCCUACUGCCCGCAGCAGGCAUGGAUACAAAACGCCACAGUUCGCGACAACAUCCUCUUCGGCAAGUCGUUCGACGAGCCUUUAUACUUGCGCGUGGUCGCAGCUUGUGCUCUGGUCCCCGACUUUGAGACUCUGCCUCACGGAGACAUGACGGAGAUUGGCGAGAGAGGUAUAACGCUGUCUGGUGGACAAAAGCAGCGCGUGAGCAUUGCCCGUGCAAUCUACUCCGAGGCUGACAUCGUCCUACUCGAUGACCCCCUGUCUGCCGUGGACGCUAACGUGGGUAAGCACAUAUUCGAGCAAGCUAUCUGUGGUUUGUUGCGGUCCAAGACUGGGUUCUUAGCCACUCAUCAUCUUCAUCUGCUCCCUCGCUGUGAUGGGGUCAUUUGGAUGGUUGAGGGCCGAAUCGAGGACAGCGGCGGCUUCUCCGACAUUGUGGCCCGAAACCCGGAAUUCUUGCGCCUUAUGGCUUUUGCUGGACAUACGGCGAGUCACGUGCAAGUUGCAGACAAUGAUGGAACCGCUGCGGAGGAGUCUGCUCCUACCAACGACGGCGGCUCCGCCACACAAGACGAUGAGCAUCCCAGCACGGUCCUUGGCAGCCUUGGUCAGCUGAUGCAAGAAGAAUCAGAGAUCACGGACAGCGUUUCCCUGUCCGUAUACAUGUCAUGGCUGCGCUCAUCAGGAACGCUGUGGAAUGCUCUUCCCGUCCUGGUCGGACAAUGCUUGUUCCGUGCCUCCAGCAUCAUCGGUGGCUUGUGGCUAUCUUGGUGGGUGGAUAACAGAUACGGACUGACGCAGGCUCAGAAUAUCGGCAUCUAUGCAGGUAUCAGCCUGGCGCAGAUUGUUCUUCUGUUUACAUCCUCCUUGAUUACCUGCGUGGUUUGCAUAAAGGCUGGUCAGGUCAUGUCCGACACAGCGCUGUGGCAGACAUUGCGCGCCCCAAUUGCCUUGUACGAUGUCACACCAUUGGGGCGAAUGAUCUAUCGCUUCACCAGAGACAUCGACGCGCUAGACAACAACCUUGUAGUGGCUGUCCAGCAGCUGCUCAUCAACGGGGGCAGCCUCAUCGGCUCAUAUGCCUUGAUUGUGGCAUAUUUCUACUAUUUUGUAAUCGCGGUGAUCAUGGAUGGCUUGGCCGUGUGGUGGUGCAUAUCGUAUUACCGUUCCAGCGCACGAGAGAUCCGGAGGCACCAGCUUGUCCUCGACGGCAUAGUCUUUGCCCGGUUCAACGAAGCGCUUGUAGGGGCAUCAUGUAUCCGUGCCUACGCUCAAGAGUCUUACUUCAUUCAACGCGUGCACGAGGCUAUCGACGACAUGGACAGUGCCUACUACUUAUCCUUCGCCAGCCACAACUGGCUAUCUGUUCGUCUGGACAACAUUGGUAUUGUCCUGUCAUUCGUAACCGGAAUGCUGAUCAUUACCAAGUCGCUCCCAGUCUCGCCCAGCAUCUCCAGCUUGCUCUUGACUUACAGCAUCGCCAUGGUGGGCAUCAUGCAGACGGUCGUGAAGUAUCUGAUUGAGCUUAACAAUGCCAUGAGCAACACGGAGCGCCUGCUUGAAUACACAAACUCCCUGGAGCAAGAGGCGCCACUGGACGGAGAGCCCGUUCGACCAUCAUGGCCGGAGCACGGUGCGAUCGAGUACAAAGAUGUGCAGAUGCGCUACCGACCAGGCCUUCCACUGGUGAUUAAUGGGUUCUCGUUGCAGAUUCGGGCCGGAGAGAGUAUCGGUAUUGUCGGUCGCACCGGGGCAGGGAAGAGCACAAUCUUGUCCACGCUCUUUCGCCUGACUGAGAUCGCUGGCGGCAGUAUCACCAUCGACGGCAUCGACAUUAGCAAGCUCGGGCUCCACCAGCUACGCUCCUCGCUAGCCAUUAUCCCGCAAGACCCGACACUCUUCCACGGCACGGUCAGGAGUAACAUUGACCCUUUCAACAAGCACACCGACUUGGAACUCUGGGCUGCUCUCCGUCGUGCGCACCUCAACCCGAUGCCUCAGCAGCAGGGGUCCCAGGGAGGCGAUCGCGAGCGCAUAAAUGAGGAGAUGGGAAGCAACGAGUCUCUAGUGACGCUCGACGCCCCCGUAGAGGCCGAGGGGCUCAACUUCUCGGUCGGACAGCGGCAGCUCAUCGCGCUGGCUAGAGCUCUUCUGCGCGAGACCAAGAUAGUGCUGGUCGACGAGGGCACCAGCAGUGUCGACCCGGAGACGGUCGCGAAAGUGCAGGAGACUCUCGCGACGGGGCUCCGUGGCAAGACUCUCGUCGCCAUCGCACACCGGCUCCGCACCGUGAUCCGAUACGACAGGGUCUGUGUCAUGGACAAGGGUGCAAUCGUCGAGCUGGGGUCGCCUUUGCAUCUAUGGAAGCAGGGCAGUAUCUUUAGAGGCUUGUGUGACAGCAAUGGGAUCUCAGAGGGCAUGUUUAUUGGGUCGUGA